AUGAGUGGCAAGUCAAUCUCGAACCUGCCAUGCGAUGAUCCCCAAUGUUUCUGCCACCUUCGCCCCCCUAAGCCCUUUCCCAAGAUUGAAGCUGUGUUGUCUGGUCCGGAGCCCGACCAGGUCCGCGAGUUGCACCAGCCAAAUGCGCAGCUCGACGUUGCCUUCGAUGUGGUCGGGAAUACAAUGACAAUCAAUGAAUGUGUCCAUGAUCCUUCGAGGCCUAAGAUCGCAUAUUCUGUCGGCCUGAUCAUCAAGGCCAUGAAUUUUCACUUCCUGAACCUUGAAGGGCUUCCGGAUCACUCGCUGCUUCUUUCUCUGAGAAUUCGUCGCUCAGCAUGUGCUGUGAGAGGCAACAAGAUGAUUCUCAAGGAGAAGUUCAACGGAUACUUUCCCGAUCCUCCAUAUAGCCGUCUGUUCAACGAUCUGUUCGAGUGCCGCUGGCCUGAAAAACUUCUCCAAAUUCGUUUGCCUGAGGAGAGAUGUCGACGCUGGAAAACCGUUGCCCUGAUCCUCAAGACCUUCAAGCAGAUUAACCCCGAUAGCUAUUGCCAUAUGGCAAACAUGAUGUUUACUCCCCGCGUGGGUGGUUUGAAUGUGCGCCAGGUCAAGAAGGACAUUAAGACACAGCUUGCACAGGUCAACCAUGAGCGCCGGAAGAACCCCGUGUCGUCUGAGUACUUGGUCACAGUCAAUGAUGAGGAGAAGAUUGAGAGGAUUAACCACGCAUACGAGGUUCAUCUACUCGCUUUCAUCUACAGCUCAUCGCCGUUCACACCCCCGCAAUACCUAUAACGCCACAGGCGGAAAUUGUCGAUCAUGGAAGAUUGCAUAUCUGUCUCUUAAAUCAGCAUGAUAUUGGGACUAUUGGUAGCAAAGGGUACAGGAGCAGGCAUCUGGUGCUCUGUUAUCAGCUGCUUAUGGUGGCAGGAAGAUCCAGCAACAUUGCAACGAGUGAUAAUAGUCUGGCGUUCUUUUCGAGUUCUUUUUCCAUCAGAUACGAGGUCAUGAG